UGGAAACAUUCCUGUGUUUUGGAGCCGGCAAUUUUUAAUUUUAAUUAAUAUAAAGUUGUAGCAAAUCUCAACCAAAUCAUGGCACAGACAAAUGAUGCGCGUAUGCCCGCUGAGGAAAGCGAUCUGCUGCAAAUCAAACCGCUCGGCGCUGGACAAGAAGUCGGACGCUCUUGCAUCAUGCUGGAGUUUAAAGGCAAAAAAAUAAUGCUGGAUUGUGGCAUACAUCCAGGACUUAGCGGUAUGGAUGCGCUGCCUUAUGUGGAUUUAAUUGAAGCCGAUGAAAUCGAUUUGCUGUUUAUAUCUCACUUUCACUUGGACCACUGUGGAGCUCUGCCUUGGUUCCUUAUGAAGACAAGCUUUCGUGGCCGUUGCUUCAUGACGCACGCCACCAAAGCCAUUUACCGCUGGAUGUUGUCAGAUUACAUUAAAAUCAGCAAUAUAUCCACCGAACAGAUGCUUUACACUGAGGCCGACUUAGAGGCUUCCAUGGAGAAAAUUGAGACGAUUAAUUUUCAUGAAGAGCGUGAUGUGAUGGGCGUGCGUUUCUGUGCCUAUAACGCUGGCCAUGUGCUGGGCGCGGCCAUGUUCAUGAUUGAAAUAGCAGGCAUUAAGAUUCUAUACACAGGCGACUUUUCGCGGCAGGAGGAUCGUCACUUGAUGGCUGCCGAGGUACCGCCCGUUAAGCCCGAUGUUCUUAUCACAGAAUCCACAUAUGGAACGCACAUACACGAGAAGCGCGAAGAUCGCGAGAAUCGUUUCACUUCGCUGGUGCAAAAGACAGUGCAACAGGGUGGUCGAUGCCUCAUUCCCGUAUUCGCUUUGGGUCGAGCCCAGGAGCUGUUACUUAUAUUGGAUGAAUUUUGGUCACAGAAUCCAGAUUUGCAUGAAAUUCCCAUCUACUAUGCGUCCUCGUUGGCCAAAAAAUGCAUGGCUGUCUAUCAGACUUACAUUAAUGCCAUGAACGAUCGUAUUCGCCGCCAGAUAGCCGUGAACAAUCCCUUUGUCUUCCGUCAUAUUUCAAAUCUCAAGGGCAUUGACCACUUUGACGACAUUGGACCAUGUGUGGUUAUGGCAUCGCCUGGUAUGAUGCAGUCGGGUCUGUCACGAGAAUUAUUUGAGAGUUGGUGCACCGAUCCUAAGAAUGGCGUUAUUAUUGCCGGCUACUGUGUAGAGGGCACCCUAGCUAAAACAAUACUCUCUGAACCGGAGGAGAUCACAACGUUGUCGGGACAAAAACUGCCCCUUAACAUGUCCGUGGAUUACAUCUCUUUCUCGGCACACACAGACUAUCAGCAAACUAGCGAAUUCAUUCGCAUACUGCGACCGGCUCAUGUAGUCCUCGUCCACGGAGAGCAGAAUGAGAUGUCGCGUUUAAAGUUGGCGCUGCAGCGCGAGUACGAGGCAGAUGCAAGCACGGACAUCAAGUUCUACAAUCCACGCAACACCCAUGCAGUUGAUUUGUAUUUCCGUGGUGAAAAAACGGCGAAAGUAAUGGGAAAUCUAGCAGCCACCAAGCCUGAGGUGGGCAGCAAACUGUCGGGUGUGUUGGUCAAGCGGGACUUUAAGUACCACUUGUUGGCACCUUCCGAUUUGGGAAAAUACACUGACAUGAGCAUGUCUGUGGUCACACAACGCCAGUCCAUACCCUGGUCCAGUUCACUAAGCACGUUGGAACUGCUCCUGGAUCGCAUUGGUGCCGGUUGCGUUGAAGUUGUCGAACCGGACCGCAAGCUACGUGUCUUUAAUUGUGUAGAGCUGACAGUGGAACAAAAAAUGAUUGUUAUGGAAUGGCAGGCAACACAUGUGAAUGAUGUUUAUGCGGACGCAGUGCUGGCCUGUAUUAUGCAGAACGAGCUGGGUGGCACAAAUAUCAAGGGAGCUAGCAAGCAAACAAAGUCGGAGGAGUCACGCUUUCGGGAAUGUCUUAUGGAGACUCUACAGGACACAUUCGGGGACAGUUGUGUGCCCAAGAUGUUCAAAGGCGAGGUAUUACCAAUAACUGUCAGCGGCAAAUGUGCGGAAAUCAAUUUGGAAACACUGACUGUUACCUGUGCUGAAGACGAAGUGUUGCGGCAAAUACUGAAUACCACCGUUCAGAAACUUCAUCAAACUCUCGUCUCUGCAAACUGAGCAAUUUUAGAUUUAAAUUUCCAAAAUAUAUAUUAUCUUUUUUAUUACGAAAAGUUGCCAAUUAUAAAGGAUUAUUAAAACUUAA